AUGUUUGACAGCACCGAGAAGCAAGAGUCCACACCUCGCAGUGGGAGUGUCGUCGACCAAGCAAUCGUUGAGGCUGAGUCGACGAUACCCUCGAAGGCGCGGCCCAGAGCGAGGUCGUCGACAACAGUCAGAUCCAGAGUCCCUCGGUCUCCCAUUAGAGCCACCAAAGAACAACAGCUCCGUCUCAUCCAGCUCUACAUCAGCCGGUUCUGCAGCUACUUUGGCAGCUUCGGACGCAUGAAGGCGCUGAACAUCGAGGUGCGCAAACGGGCGGUGGCCUCCCGGUACAAUGACCUUCGACGCUUCCACAGUGACUACUUCCUCAAAUACCUGGAGCUUUGUGAAAGCACCACGCCCUACCUCGCCGGUGAGAUCCGCGACGAUCUCGCGAAGUUCACAUGGGGACAAUACCAUUGGUGGCCAAAGUGUAAAGACCUGCCGACACAAUCCCGGAGGCGAAAAUUGGUGGGUUGGGCGGUCGAAAAACUAGCAGAUAGGGACUUUGAUAACAAGAGUUUCACGACUGCGUUGGAUGAGUUCUGUGAGGUUGGGUACGAUCGACCGUCAGGAGGCUGA